AUGAGACUCUUUAGACUGGUCACAGAAGAAACUACAUCAGAAAUUUUAUUUGGUGAAAAGGAUUGUCCUAGUAUGCAUCAACCUCCUAUCACUUUUAAAGAUUCGAAGGCCUUUAGAAAGGUGAAAAGAAUAUAUGGUGAACCACCCCACUUGUCCAAAGGAUUAAAAGAGAUCUAUCCGCUCGUUGUGGGUGUGUCUGCUAUUACCAGUGAAGCGAAGGAAUUACAUCCAAUUCAUUCUAAGCCAUUGAAGACCACAAAGUCCGUCUUCAAAGAUGGCGAUCGUGGCAGUAAAAGUGCUCAAAAAGUUGCUCAUGGCGAUAGGUUAAGUCAAUUAAGGGCUGAUCUGCGGUUCGCUUUGGAAAAUUUGAGAUCUCGCAGGGGAGAUGAAUGGGAAGACCAUCUGGAAAGGAUUAGAAGAUUCAAAGAGUCAGACAGUUUGCAAAGGGAAAGGGUCCAACGUGAAAAACUUCGGGAAGAACAUCGGGAAAAACUUCGAAUCUUUGAACUACUAAGUGUCUGA